UACAUCCCCGCCGGAGCUGUCUAUCGUAACCCCCGCUUAUUUUACCGGAGCUAUAUGGAGAUGGAGAAAAUAUUCAAGGUGUACGUAUACCCAGAUGGUGACCUACCAAUUGUUCAUGAUGGUCCGUGCAAGGACAUAUACUCAAUUGAAGGGAGGUUCCUCCAUGAGAUGGAACAAGGCGUUGGGAGGUUUAGGACUAACGAUCCCAAUGUGGCUCACGUUUACUUCUUGCCAUUCAGUGUGACUUGGAUGGUCAAGUAUCUCUACACUCCAGCCUCUCAUGACAUGAGUCCAAUAAAGCAGUUUGUCUCUGACUAUGUUAGAGUGAUAUCUACGAGGCACCCCUUCUGGAACAGAACUCAUGGUGCCAACCACUUCAUGCUUUCCUGUCAUGAUUGGGGUCCUUUUGCAUCACAGGGCGACCCUUUCCUCUACAAUACUUCCAUCCGUGUAUUGUGCAAUGCCAAUACUUCAGAGGGCUUUCAACCUCGAAAGGAUGUAUCCUUACCAGAAAUCAACCUUUUUGGAGGUGAAAUGUCCCCUAAACUCCUUUCACCCCCACCGGACAACCCCCCACGUCGCUAUCUUGCCUUCUUCGCCGGUGGUGAGCAUGGUCCAAUCCGCCCCUACCUCCUCCAUCACUGGAAAAACCACGACAACGACAUUCGUGUCUACGAGUACCUCCCCAAAGACCAAGACUACUAUUCCUUCAUGCUCAACUCCAAGUUCUGCCUUUGUCCGAGUGGGUACGAAGUGGCUAGCCCGAGAAUUGUGGAGGCAAUUUAUGCCGAAUGCGUUCCAGUGAUUCUGUCUAAGAAUUUUGUGUUGCCCUUUAGUGAUGUGCUGCAAUGGGAGGCAUUUUCAGUGCAGGUGGAUGUUUCAGAUAUUCCUAGGUUGAAAGAGAUUCUUAGUGCAAUUCCAGAGGACAAGUAUUGGAAGCUCAAGGAGGGAGUAAAGGCUGUGAGGAGACAUUUUACACUUAAUCAGCCAGCUAAGAGAUAUGACGUCUUUCACAUGAUCUUGCACUCUAUAUGGCUAAGGAGAUUAAAUAUACAAAUCAAAUAG